AUCAAAUGUCAACUUAAACUACUCAAACAACUUCUAAAAAAGAAUUAGUUUAAUGGAUAAAUGAAACCUUUAAAGUAAUUAUUUAAUCUCUAUCUUAUUAGCUAACAAUCACUUAAUUGGAGACACUUGGAACAGGUAGUACAUUUUGUUAAAUAUUUGAAUAUUUAUAUCCAAAUUCAAUUUAAGCAAAUAAAAUAAUAUGGAAAGCUAAUAAAGAAACUGAUUAUAUAAAGAAUUUCAAAACCUUAGCGGAUGCUUUAACAAAAUUAAAUAUUUAAAAAUAAUUAGAUGUAUUUUAUUUUAUUAAUUUAGAUCUAAUCUCUCUCAAAAGCAAAGUAUUAAGAUAUUUUAGAUUUAGCAUAAUUCAUGAAAUCAAAAUAUGAUAAAUAAGUUGAAAAGAGAGAGAAUUAUGAUCCAGUAGAAUUUAGAAAAUAAGAGGAAAGAAAGGUUUUCACACCAACAAAUAGAAAAACUUUUUAAGCUUUAAAAGAUAAAACAAAUAAUGAAAAUACUUAAAAUACUACUCAUUCCUUAUUAGUUAAAAGACCACUUUCAAAAACGUCUACUUGGAAGAUUACAAAAACAACAUUAACAAAAACACCUGAAUUGAAUUCAAUUACUGAAAUUAUAAAUAAUACAGAAGACGAUGAAGCAACAAAAGUAAAAAAGAUAAAGUCACUAUUCAUCUGAG